GUCAAAGCUACUGAACCCCAGCAUUCUGAACCUAAUCUUCGCCUUACGCAAAGUAUGAGCAACUUAAAGGGAGAUCAUCGUGGCCCUCCGAGAACACCAUAUCCUCGCGGAAUGACAAAACGGAGAACAGUAAAGAUCCCUCCCAUAGAAACAAACAGCGAAAGUCAAGAAGAAAUUCCGCCAGCUCCUACAUCUGCUGCAACAUCAACGGGUCGACCACCUUCUACUUUUAGUAGAAGUUCUUCAUGUGAACGAAAAAUGAGCAUGGGAAGCCUUGACGAUGUGAACAGCUUCCAGGAAACCCAAUAUCUCGUCUUCCCCAUAAAGAACGCGGGCAAGAAGCCUACAUUGAUUAAAUUUCCAGAUGAUCUAUUGGAAGACAAUGACGGGGAGCAUGAUAGCAUCUGGGGAUCAGACACGAGUCUCGAGGAAGAAACAGAAAUUGCAAAGAAGAUAAACGCAGGAAUGAGCCUCGAUUACGAUGAACCUGACUCACCCAUUGGAACACCGGCUCCCUACAUCGGAGACUUAGAGUCGUAA